CAAGACGGUUAUCGGUGAGCAGAGAUGGCGGGCGCCUCCGACCCCCUGGAAGAUAUGCUCUUUUCAGACGUGGAUGAAAAAGCUGUGAGCGACCUAGUGGGCUCAUUAGAGUCAGAGCUGGCUGGCCAAAGCAACCCAUCGGGUAAAACGGACGAAAACGGAGGCGCUGGCUCAGUGGCCCCCGCUAACCAUCUCUUAGGAAAAACACUACCAGCUCCAGUGGGCACCACAACACUAGAACAACAACAACAAGGACGGCGUAAUAAACCUGAGAUGCACCAGGAGAUCACUUCUAAAAACCCUAACCCGGAUAAAGCUGUCACACCUCAUUCUCUGGGCUGCAGCCCGUCUUUUGGGGAACCCUCUACCACUUCGGCUGCCUCUGUCAACGCAGCGAGCAGCGGCUCCUCGAAAUCACAUGGAGCAUCCAUCACAACACUGGCUGCACCUGGUAUGUCAACUUUGGCGUCUCCGGCAGCCAGCAUCAGCACCACCUGCAGUCGCGGCUUCAAGACUUCCCUGGGCUCCGGUGAGACGUCGACAGAAGCCAACCCGGCCAGAAAACGCAUCAACACGCCGCGGAGGACCGCUUCGGCUCGGAUAAAGAGUUUUAACGGCGCGUCUGUAACGACGAGGAGGAACAGCAACACAGGGGUGCCCGGAUCCCCCGCCUCCGUCGACCCUAGUGUAACUACACCAAACUCUACUUCAGCCACAUCCUCCGUUAACACCUCUACUUUCACCGUGUCCAACGCCAGCCUGCCUGUAGGUCAGUCGGCUAUUGCUCUGGACCGGGGAACCCCCACUAUUGCUCUGCAUAGACUCCCACGUCACAUUGUAGCUAGUAUAACCCAGAACGGCACGGGCACCAGUGUCUCAGCCUUGGUCCAGCAAGGUGCCCGUGUAGGACCCACCACCUCCCCAGGUCCACAGGAGAACCAUAGCAAACCUGUCACAGACACUGGGGCUUCCAGAACAGACGAUUGUCAGUCAAAGAUUGGAAUGUCAAUUCAGUCUGACACUGUCUACUCUGUAAUAAACAGUGUUGCCUCUACACCCUCUGUUGUCACACCACCAACAACCACCACAGCUGCAGCUCCAACCACCACAACCAUAACCCAGCCCCUGAGCUCUGCCACAGCCACUGCUUGUGUCACAGCGGUGUCAACUACAUCCGUAUGUGGUCAGAGUACGUCAGUGACCACCACUGUUAGUAUGGUCAGACCCCCAGCUCCCUCUCCAACACCUGCUGUGGCCACAUCAGCACAGUCUCAACCUCGUCCUGGACUCACAGCUCCUCAAAGGAUUGUAGCCCCCCAGCUAAUUGUCAGACCACCACAGCAGCAGACUACCAUUCAGCUGCCCCCGGGGUUUACCAUCCCACCGGGAAUGGUGUUGGUGCGUACAGAGUUGGGCCAGCUCGUCAUGGUUCCUCAGCAGGCAUUGGCUCAAGUUCAGGCUCAAGCUCAAGCUCAGGCUCAGGCCCAGAACAGCAUUUCUCCUCGACCUGCCACCCCGACCACAGGAACAUCCUUCAAAGUAACAACGCCACAGUCUCCAGUGACCUCACAGACCACCAGGCAGUGUUCUUUGACCCCGGCCAAAAUGGUACCAUCUCCCUCUCCCACUCCUUCCAGCCCUGCUCUCCAGACUUCCUCCUCUUCCUCUUCUUCUUCCUCCUCCUGUCCUGCGCUCCGCCCAAAGGGCCCUGUGGCACCGGCCAUUGCUGUGACGGCUCCGCAGCAGACCCCCGUGGUUAUAGCCCCCCAGACCCCAGCCCAGGCUGCCUCCCAGCCAGUGCAGCCUGCACAGACAGGCAUCGCGGCAUCCCCCGCAGCCUCUAUUGUGUCCCAGGAAAUGCAAGAAAAUGUGAAGAAGUGCAAGAAUUUCCUGGCCACACUAAUCAAGCUGGCGUCUCACAAUUCUCCGUCCCCCGAGACAUCGAAGAAUGUCAAGGCUCUGGUUCAAGACCUGCUGGAUGCUAAGAUUGAACCGGAAGAGUUCACCAGCCGACUGCAGGCCGAGCUCAAGUCGUCUCCACAGCCUUACCUGGUGCCCUUCCUCAAGAAGAGCCUCCCGGCCUUGAGGCUGUCUUUGCUGAAUAGUCAGCACUCCAUGACCCCGCAGCAGGGAGUCAAACCAGCACCCGGUGGUGUCCCUCCUGCCAUCGUGACCGGUCCAGCUGUCCACAUACGCCACACUAACAGCGUCAGCACCACUCCGGGUGCCAGUGUGCUACCCACCGGGACGCAUGGACAUGCAGCUGCCAUGGGCGUUAAGACAGCGAGUGCUGUUGGUGGCCAGGUGCGGAUGCCUGUGGUGAUCACACAGUCUGUCAGAACACAAGGCAUAAUGGGGAAGGGAGCUGUUAUCCAAGCAGGGAAAAGCCCCAUGGGCUUGGCUGUUCAGGUCUCUGGGAAUCAGAAAAACAAGCUCAACGACCCCGGAGGAGGCUCUUUCAGGGACGAUGAUGACAUUAAUGACGUGGCCUCCAUGGCUGGGGUGAAUCUGAACGAGGAGAGCGCGAGAAUACUCGCCACCAACUCAGAACUGGUGGGAACGCAUAUACGCUCGUGUAAGGACGAGGCCUUUCUCCAUCCGGGAUUGCUACACAGACGAAUUCUGGAAGCAGCUAAGAAGUUUGGAGUCACAGAGGUCCCCAUGGAGGCAGUGGCGUUCAUCUCGCACGCGACGCAGUCACGACUUCGCACUGUUGUAGAAAAAGUGUCUUCCGUCGCACAGCACCGACUGGACUCUUGUAAGGAUGAUGAGUGCUACGAGCAGGCUGCAGACGUUCGCUCUCAGCUCCGCUUCUUCGAGCAGCUGGAGAGAAUCGAGAAGCAGAGGAAGGACGAGGAGGAGAGAGAGAUCCUUUUGAAAGCUGCGAAAAGUCGCUCCAGGCAAGAGGACCCAGAGCAAGCUCGACUGAAACAGAAAGCUAAGGAGAUGCAACAACAGGAACUGGCGCAGAUAAGGCAGCGAGACGCCAACCUUACAGCACUGGCUGCCAUUGGACCCCGCAAAAAACGCAAGGUGGAUUCACCAGGGACCACCCCAUCAGGGACUGAGGUUUCAGGCAGCUCGGCAGGUUCCCCGGCCGGCUCCUCCGUCCCGUCAACCUCUUCGCGCCAGUACACACGGCAGCGCAUCACUCGCGUGAACCUCAGGGACUUAAUUUUUUACAUGGAGCAGGAGAGAGAGACGGCCCACUCCCUCCUCCUUUACCGUGCUCUGCUCAAGUAGCCUCGGCUCCACUCAGCACCCACCUCAACCUCCUCCUCUUUCCCAGCCACGUGCCUUUAGAUCAGGUCUAAUCUUUCAGCUCCGUGUCUCCAUAUGUACUGUAAUAAUGUUUGAUGUAGCUUUUAAUAAGAAAGAAGGAAAGAAAGAAAGAAAGAGAGAGAGAGAAACCAUUCAAAAAUAAAACUGUUAUGUGUUUUCUCUGUUUAGACUCACGGUUUAUUGUUCGAUCAUUCAGUUUAUAGAGCAUAUCAAAGUCUGUGUUAACGAUGGAUUGUUUAGACAAAAACAAUGUUACUAGAUCCACAGUGUGUUCUGUGUGUGUUAGGUAGACAUUUAUCUGACAUCACUGGGAGCAGCUUUGACCAUCCUCCUCAUCAAAGGGUGGGUUAUUUUGUCAAAGAGAGUUACAGUGCGUUCACGUUUCUCUGAUUAGGGCUGGGUAUUGCUCCUGAUUUCCUGAAUCGAUUGAAUUCCAGCUUCUGAUUUAAUUCAAUUUAGUAUCGAUUCAUGACGCAAUACUUCAUUUUCCGUAGUCAUUUUGCUUAGUUGUGAAAGAGAUUACGUAAAUAAUACUGCAAAAAAUCAGGAUCGCUCUUACCUUUUGACCCCUUACAUGUUACAAUAAUUUUUUGGAAUUUUUUAACCCCAUGCGAGUCAAAAUAUCCAGCCUAGAAGCAAGUCAGACAGUUUGAUGUUGUAGUUUCAUUCAAACGAAGAUCAAUAUGAAUCACGCCCAGCCCUAAUCUCGAUACGUCCUUUGAUAAUCCUAGUCUAGGGAUCGUAGUUCAGCUGACCUUGACCCAGAUUUUCUGCACCAAGAAGAUAAAUUAUUUUAACAUUAAGAUUCCAUAAAACAGCAUCAUGACUGAUAAGUCCUUACAUGUAAAUAGUUCUUUUGGAAUUAUUUUUUACAGCAUGUAUGAUUUCAACACGUUCAAGCUUUGUGAGAAAAGUAAUAGCCCAUGUGUCAAUAUUUCAAAAACCUCUACCGUCUCCCGUGUGACCCCCGACACGCUGACCGUCCGCACUAUGACACCAGUUUCUGAAACGUCACCUUGACUGAGAAAGUCAGUAGUCUUUUUUUCUUUUCUUAUUUUGUUAAUUUAUUGACACAUAAUGUGAACGUUGCUUUUAUUAGAUGUUUAUCUUUUGUGUCCCAUUAUUGCCAACCUCUUUAAAAAGGAGAAUCUUGGUGGAUAUUUUAAGUGAUGUAGUGAAACCUUGGAUCAAAACAGACAUUCCUUUAUGUUUUUUUUUUCUCUCUGCACAUUAAUAAUGUUUUGUAUUUGUUUUUGUUUUUUUUAAACAAUAAUUUAUUCUUCCCUGGAGCGUGUUGUGCUCCCUCCUACCUUGCUUGGUAGCGAGUGAACGACAAAGGUAGUCGAUAAAGAAGAGCAGAGCCAUUACACUCGUUUGUAUUUUGAUGCAAAAUUUAUCAUCACAGCUGUAAAGUCAUGUGUAACUGUGGGACGAUGCAUUUGUGUAUGAUGAUUAUAUAUUUUUUACCAUUUGUUACUCUUCUAAUUCCCAAUUGAAGUGAGGAAAUAGAACAAAAUGCCUGCUUUUUACACGUUGUCUUGCAAUGUUGCCUUGUUUUUUUUGUUGUCCAUUAGGUUUUUGUUUGUUUUAUUUAACUAAAUAUCUUGGCCUCUAUGCAGCUCUUCUUGUCAUAUUGAAAUUAAUUUAAAUAUGGUUGUGCGUUGUAAAUUUUGACAGCACUUUUUUAUAUCUAUUUUACCUGACAACUGAAAGCUGUCACUGUAUUAUAGCAAAGAAAUGACUGAUGAGUAAAAACAGUAUUUGCCAGUUUGUGUCAAAAGACACUUAUUUUAAAAAUAAAUAUAUCUUGUUUGUUUUUUUGUUGUUUUUGGGAUUGGCUUUUAUCCUAAAUCUCCUUUCAUACAUUUUAUCUCUAAAAUACCAUGUUUUACAAACAAGCACAACGUUAUCUCUUGUGGUAAUUCGAACUGAAUUUAAUUAUGGUUUCUGGUGGUUUCACGGGAGGACAUUUCUACUAUUACUACAGCUUUUUAGCCAAAAUAUUAGGACAAUAUUACUGAUGUAAUCAGAUGGAGGAAACAGCAUUUCAUUAUACGGAUGAUUUGUAAAUAUUGUUUACAAAACUGUGUUUAUUAGAACCAUGUUAUUUUUGGUAAAACUCUUGUACAUACCUUGAAAAAUGUCCUGUUUGUGUGAGGAAAAAAAAAAAACAUUACUUAAUUAUUUGUACCUAUUUUGUAAAGGAAUAAAUAAGCUGUUUACUA